UAUCACUAUGUAAUAUUUACUAGUAGUAUUAAUAAUAUCAUUAGUUUUUUGUGUUGUUGCUUUUUUGAAAGUAAUUCUGAAUAGAGAUUUUACAUUAUUAGUUAAUGUGAUAUAAAUGUUUGUUCCGAUAUAUUAUGCAAUGUAAAAUAAUCGAGAGUUGGAUUUCUACCUGAGUCUUUAUAAUAUUUUGAAAAUUCAACUAUUUUCAAGCUUUCAAUGAAUAAUCUAUCGAUGAAUGAAGCCAAAGCGCUUGCAAGAGUUGUAGAAGAUGAGUCUUGUGUCACUAGUUUGUUGGUAAACAGUCGUGCUGUUAAUAAAGCAAGACCAGAUGAUUUAAUAGCUCUAGCAACGGAGGUUCAGCGUGCAGAUGAGGGAGUUAGGCACAUAGCAUCAAAUAAACUUCAAAUCAUAGCUGAGCAAAUUCGGUUUCUGCAAGAACAAGCAAGAAGAGUAUUAGAGGAAGCAAAAGAUUCAUCAUUACUGCACACAGCUAAGUGUAAUUUUAUAAAAAAACCUGGCACAACAUAUCACUUGUACGAAAGAGAAUCAGGGGUAUCAUACUUCUCCAUGCUUUCACCCAAGGAAUGGUCAAACUGCCCCCACAGAUUCUUAGGUUCAUAUAGAUUAGAACAUGACCAAAGUUGGACGAAAGAAGAAGAUAUUAAAAAAAAAGAUAUCGAAAAGAAAAUAGUGGAAGAUCUAAUGAAUAAAGGUGGAGUACCAUCUUUAGAGUAUUUUGAUACAAAUGGUAGAAAUAGCAUGCUUGCAAUCGAAGAGUGCACUUGAAAAUUUAUUUUAUUGUUGUGUUUAUUUUGAAAAUUGUAGCAUUUUGUAAA